AUGGACAAAAUGCGAUUGGUGGUGCCUUCGCAGCAGGUGUACAUAACUACUAACCCGACAACUAACAAUGUCCGAGGAAGAAUGUCCUUCAUACGUCGUCUAGGAGUGGGCUGCAUCAUCCUGGCUGCUCUGGGGCUGCUUUACGUUCCCGCUUACCACUCGGCGCAAGGUCCGCUCUUUGGAAUUGGAAUAGGUGAGGUUUCACCCCCUGCUGAAACAUUAGGGGCAGGUUCGAACUACCUAGACACUUCUGUAGCUCAAAUAUCCGGCUGGACAUUUAAUACCUCUAGGAAUGUUAAUUUGUAUAUAAAUCCGGAGAACAAUACAACGAUAACCAGCCCCGAGUUAUCGUGCGCGACCUCGCCGCCUUAUCUUUUGAUAAUCGUUUGCUCGGCGGUAGGCAACCAGAAGGCGAGAGUCGCGAUUAGAAACACCUGGGGCAGCGAGCAAAAUUUGUAUUACCUGGCGACUUCUUCUACAGUCAAUACUACGGUCAAGAUUGUCUUUCUCUUAGGAGAAAGCACCAAUGACACCCUCAAUGCCGCCAUCCUGGAUGAAAAUUAUGAGUACGGAGAUAUUAUUCAGGAAAAGUUUAUCGAUACUUAUAACAACUUGACUGUCAAGUCUGUAAUGAUGCUUAAAUUGGUCACUACUAUGUGUCCGCAAGCGACUUUUCUCAUGAAGACAGACGAUGACAUGUAUGUCAAUGUCCCUGCGCUGGUUAAAGUCAUCAGGUCGAGGCCAAAUAGCGCAGGGACACUUAUGGGGUCACUUAUUUGUAAUGCCCGUCCAAUAUCUGACCCGAAAAAUAAGUGGUACACUCCCAAGUACAUGUACGCAGAGAAAACAUAUCCAAAUUAUUUAUCAGGUACUGGUUACGUGAUGAGCUUAGACGUAGCAUUAAAAUUAUACAAAGCGGCGUUGAAGACGCCUUUGUUACAUUUAGAGGACGUUUAUUUAACAGGUUUAUGCGCUAAAAAAGCAAAACUUCGUCCAGUAAAUCACCCGGGUUUUAGUUACAUCCCGCGUAAGUUAGACUAUUGCGUACUUAAAAGUGCAAUUACUGCGCACAAAGUUGAUUCUUCCAAUAUGUAUGAGAUAUGGAACAAAUUACAAAACACAAAUGUAUCCUGCUCUAAUGCAGCUAACAGUGAUAAUACUUCUAAGAGUGUAGCUUUAUUAAAUAGGCAUGGCAGGCAUGUCAAUUAUUACUUCACGAAGAAGCGCGUAAACAAUCGGUGCAGCUGA